AUGUUCGGCCUACAGGCAGUGCUGUUCUACCUGCCACGGAUCGCUUGGCAGAGCGUCUCGCAUCACCGCCUCGGCCUCGACUUCCGCGGCCUGGCUUUUGCGGCCAGACGAGCCGUCAGUGAGCGCUUGGUUAAGGAUCGGCGAAAGAAGACAAAGCUGAUCGCUAAAAACAUCCUCCUUCUGCUCAGCCUCCACCAUCAGCCGCCCUCCGGCAAGUCGUCGAGCCAACGUCUCCUCUGGACCCCGUUGACUUUCUGGCCGAGCAAAUGGCGCGGAACGUGGAUCUUCUUCGCUUUUGUAUGCAUCAAACUCAUCUAUUUGGCCAACUCUGUGUUCCAGCUCAGCUUGAUGCACGUCUUUUUGGGACUUCGUGAAGCCCCGUGGCUGCUCGGCCUAACUUUGUUCAGUAAUGCAUUUUUUCGUAUCCACCGAAAAGAGUCGCUCUACUUCCCCUUGACGACAGUGUGCACCGUCUCGCUGCACCACUUGGGCACCCUUGACAACCAGUACACCGGCACCUGCGUGCUACCCAUGAAUCUGUUCAACGAGAAGCUUUUCCUCGCUUUGUUCGCUUGGAUCUACUUUGUCACCAUCGCAACGGCGCUCAGUCUGCUCUGGUGGCUUUGGCGCAUGCUGCAGCAGGAACGGCACAAACAGUUCAUUUUACGGCUCUUGUUGACGGACCGGGCAAAUCGGUUGAAAAUGAAUAGACUGGAUAGACUGAAGGGUAGCAAAAGAGCUGAGUUAGAAAUGACGACACCCGAAGCGAAUACGUCGGAUGACAAAAACGAGGAUGAAGAGAAAGAAAAGAUAAAAAAAGAAUUGGAAUGGAGAAUGCUCAAAGGACCUUUAGCAGAAGAUGAGAUUGAUGAGUUCGUCACCAACCUGCUAAGCAUAGACGGAGUCAUGCUGUUCCGCGUCUUGAUACUUCAAUAUGGCCUGGCAACGACGAGCGAAAUCAUCAACUUUCUCUGGAAAUUCUAUCACAUUCAGAUUAAACAAACAAAAAAGCCCUCUACUCCGGAAACAGCAUCACUUACAACCUCAGUUCCCAGUCUCCCAGAGCUACUUAAAUGA